AUGACAACACCUCUCUUUCUCUCGGGUACUGAAAAAUAUCUCUCUCAAAGCACAACGAGCAGACGUGUAUUGAACUCUUCUUCUCUAGCCUACACCUUGAGAUCGAUCUUCAUUUGCCCCAUUUGGACUCCAAUCCUUAACGUCAUCGGCAAUCAGCGUCCUAAACAUCCGCAAUUCCUCCAGGAGAAGGACGACAUAUUCUGUAAACUUUGCCAUAGAAAGGUAAAAACAAAGUACGGAGUUUAUUAUUGUCAAGAUUGCAGGUAUGCUGCCCACUUGCAAUGCGCACGAGAUGUUGAAGGUGAGUACUUGGACCUGAGUUCAACCAUAGAAUCUGAUUUGGUCUCGGAGAUCGAACAUUUUAGUCAUGAACACAAAUUAAUCAUCAGUAAAAAGGAGCUCGAGGAUGAUAAGAUUUGCGAGGGAUGUAUGCUUUCAAUCUCGCCCCCGUUUUACAGCUGUGAGCAAUGUAACUUCUUUCUGCACGGUAGCUGUACCAUACUUCUUCCCAAGACGCAACUGCCCCUUUUUCACGAACACCCACUCACCCUCCUCUCACAGGCACCUUCCCCAAGUGGCAUAUUCCUAUGUUUUGCUUGUGAACGUUUACAACAUGGCUUCUGUUAUAGAUGCGACUUAAGCGAUUACUAUCAAAUGGAUAUUCAAUGCGCUUCUCUUCCGGAAACUCUAAAGCAUGAAGGUCACCAACACUCCCUCUUCAUAGGUUUGAAUCGUGAUCGAAUAGUAUGCAAUGGCUGUUAUAGUGAGUAUCGUCCCCAUCUCUUAUUUGUAUGCACCGAAUGCGAGACGUUCGGCUUGUGUGUUAGAUGCGCAACUCUUCCAUAUAGAGUUAGGUAUGAAUAUGAUUUACAUGAUUACUUGACACUCACGUAUAGUGUUGAAGACGAUUCUGGAGAAUACUAUUGUUUUAUUUGCGAGGAAAGUAGAGACUCAAGGAAGUGGUUCUACUAUUGUAAGGAAUGCGACUUUGCUGCACAUCCCGAUUGUGUUAUUGGCAAGUAUUCGCGCAUAAAGUUUGGAAGAACCUUCACAUGUCGUCAACAUGAACAUCCUGUCACUAUUGUCCAGAAGAACGAGUACUCUGCUCCGUGUGAUACUUGUGGCACCACUUUUGAUGGCUUGGCUGUAGCAUGUAUUCAAUGCAAAUUCAUUUCCCACUUAAUUGUCUAUUGGACGCUCCCAGAGAGUAUUUGUGCCCCGCAAGAUUAUAAAGAAAUAUGCUUCAAUAACAUUAUAAAGAAAUAAUGUCAUAUGGAAUUUUUAUGUAUUGUGUAGACUGCACAUGAGCAUUUAUCGCUGUUUAUAUCUCUUUGAAUUGAUGCAUUUACUUAAACGUGAAAAAAAAUAUAUAGUUGA